CGUAGCCAAAGGCAUAUGCAGCCAUGACGUUAUCCUCGUAUCGCCUGACGGAAAAGUAUGGGACUACUCGUUCACAUUAGCUUACAUCUGUUCGAAAAGAAUGUCAGUAAUAAGCCACAAAGUUAGACUAGUCAUAAACUCUCUGCUUUAUUAAAAGAUUCAUUAAAUAGUUAAAUGGCGAUAGAAGAGUAUGGAUUGCUAUUGGUCUUAAACCAAUAAUGCAUCCCGUUUCAUAUUUUCAUGCCUGAGGAGGCCAAUAUUAUAAAGCCUAGCUCAUCCCUUUUCCUAACCCUAGGCUCUUUCAUUCAAGACCGCAUUUGACGGCCCACAUAUUCCACUCCUCACCUCACAAACUGAUAGUUUCUCCUUCCUCCAGCCUUGCCACACUAUGCCAGAAGAAACGCCGAAGCUGGCAAGCUAUAAGCGCAUCAUCCUCUGCUCAGACGGCGCAUGGCUUGCGUCCGACAUAGGCGACAGGUCCGCCCCUACCAAUGUCGCCAAGUUAGCUCGAGCAGUUGCGAACAGUGGCCCUGAUGGUAAAGGUAAUCUCGUGAAGCAGAUCGUGUCGUACCAUUCGGGCCUUGGAAGCGGGGACCUCCCGUUCCAGAAAGCCAUCUAUGGCGGCUUCGGCUGGGGUCUCGACAUCGAGGUGUCUCAAAUCUACGAUUUCAUCUCCAAUAACUACGAGCCUGGCGAUGAGCUGUUCUUCUUCGGCUUCUCGCGUGGGGCUUUCACCGUGCGCUCAGUCGCCGGCCUUGUCUGCGAUGUCGGCGUCCUCUCAGCAGUGCACAUGUCGCGCUUCACAGAGAUGUGGAACGCGUACCGUGCGAAUACGAGCGGUGAGCCCUUCAGGAGGUCAACGUGGUAUCUGGAUAAUAAGGAAGAGCUGGGUCUUACGGACGUCAGGGUUAAGGUGGUUGGCGUUUGGGACACUGUUGGAGCUCUGGGUAUCCCGGAAUGGCCCGUGGUGGGUUGGGCGAGAAAAGUUGGCCUCCCAAUCAACAAGCAGUACGCAUUCCACAACACGAAGUUGUCAAAAAAUCUGGACUAUGCUUUCCAAGCCCUCGCCAUUGACGAAACACGACUAACCUUCCCUCCUACCCUGUGGCACAAAACUGCUGACGGUCCUGCCAAAGAUCUGCAGCAAUGCUGGUUUCCCGGCGUCCACGGCAGCAUUGGCGGCCAAAGAGAAGAUUCGCAUGCCUUGGUUGACUUCGAAGAGAUCGGCCACAACACCUUUGCGUGGAUGGUAGACAAUCUCUCCAACAUGCUCACCUUCGAAGACGCCGCGAUCAAGACUCUCAUUGAGGAGCACCGUCGCGCGCUCAAUUCCAUCAAUAUUACCAACGGCUGGGGCUGCGGGCCGAUCUUCGACAACUUCUCCGGGCUGCAAGGCGUCUUCUUCUGGCUUCUCGGGAAGAACGACCGCACACCGGGCACCUAUCCGCGGGACCCGGGCGACGGCACUGGUGGCGCCACGAACGAGUAUUUCCACCCUAUCACGCGGAUCCGCAAGGACAACCUCAACUACAACCCGGCGUCGUUGCAGGGAUAUGCCCUUGAGAGGCCUGAUGGCAGUGCGGGGUGGAAGUGGGUAAAAAGCGGCGUCCAGGCGAUGCCCGAGUACGUGAUGAGCCCGGAGAAGAAGAUGAGUGUAUCUUAUGAGGAGCGUGGGAGAGUGAAGUAUCGGGUCGAGGAGAGCUUAUCGAGAUUACUCUGUCCGAGGAGCAUUCUGUUGGAUCUGGAUAGGGACAAUGGGAUAAACGGGGUAAGCAGGAUCGUGGGCUGAGUGAUCAUGGAGAAAUGGCAUCUCGAGUGAACGAAGAGUCCAACCAUAGCAGAGAGCCACAGAGUAUGCGUGGAAGCAGUUGGGAGGCGCCAUUUAGCUCGUAGGACUGUAUUCGCAUGUUGACGAAGAGCGCAGACCUGUAUAUGAUGCUCAUAAGUGAUAUAGCGAUAUCCCUAAAUCGACAUGCGAUAAGAGGUAAUUGGUGUAGUAGCUAGCUAGUGAAUAGCUUCUAUAUGUCUCGUCGAUCGUCGUGGUGGAGAGCUAAUCCCGAGGUAUAAGGGGAGCGUUGGCGGAAUCUAGAUGCACUAACAAAAAGGGAUGGACCAAUCAGAGGCUGCAAAGGGUCAUGCCCGUGUAAGAGUCAUGCCCGGGUAGCAAUUCUUCAUGCCCGUGUAGUAAUUGCC